AUGUUCGAGGCAGAUAUAACCAUCUGGCCGUUUUUCCAUUCGGAAUCGGUGGAUGAUAGGCGAAGAUAUAUCAUAAGGGUUAUCCUGGAGUUAUGCGUCUUCAUUGUGAUAGGAUUUUUUCACUGGAUCCUGGUGCUAACCCUGCUGCACGAAUGGUUUCUGGACUUGGUAAACGGGCACUCAUCUGCUUUGCUCCUAGCUUUUGUAUUUGGCAUUUUCCUACUUUUCCUGUUUGCCCUAAGUAUGCCGCUAAGGAAAAUGUCCUGUGUCAAUUGGCUGAUUACGUUUAUUAUCGUGGAAUGUGUGGUAGUUUCUCUCAGUGUGUUGAUCAUAACCUCGGGAGUUCUUUAUAUGCUGGCCGGACUUCUGAUUGUCAGCCUUGCAUUUGUGUUUUGUACACUUAUAGCUGCUCUAAUGGUGUAUGACCUUACAGGCACCGGACUCUACCUUUAUGUCCUAGCAACUGGCACUUACUCACUGAGCAUAUACUUCCUGGUAUUGUAUGUGGUUCUCGACGUGAUCUGGGGAUUUUAUCUCUUCGCAUUCUGUAUCGGCUGUGUGGUGAUGAUGUUCCUGAUGUAUCAUGUGCAGUGCAUCAUGGGCGGAAGAAGGGCCUCGACCAAGUUGUUCGAUGACAAGUUCGCCGCCCUGCUGCUGUUCCACGAGUUCAUAGGCCUCUUUGUGCUAACCCUCUACUGGCGGCCCAUAAUGCAUCGCCUGCAGUUGAAACAAUAAACGAGCAGUCGGUUCUA